UCUCAUCAACUCUAACCGUUUUUUUCACGAUCUCUCUCAAAACUCUCAGAUCACAACAAUGUCGACGAAGAACGGAGUCGUACGUAGCUGUUUAGGUUCAAUGGACGAUAUCAGAAAAGUCUUCCAACGAUUCGACAAAAACGGCGACGGGAAAAUCUCAGUCGACGAGUUAAAAGAAGUGAUCCGCGCUCUCUCACCGUCAGCUUCACCGGAAGAAACAGUGACGAUGAUGAAACAGUUCGAUCUCGACGGUAACGGAUUCAUAGAUCUGGACGAGUUCGUCGCUCUGUUCCAAAUCGGAAUCGGCGGAGGCGGAGGAGGAGGUAAUAACCGUAACGACGUUAGCGAUUUGAAGGAAGCGUUUGAGUUGUACGAUCUCGACGGUAACGGGAGGAUCUCGGCGAAAGAGCUUCAUUCGGUGAUGAAGAAUUUGGGAGAGAAGUGUUCUGUUCAGGAUUGUAAGAAGAUGAUUAGUAAAGUUGAUACUGAUGGUGAUGGUUGUGUUAAUUUCGAUGAGUUUAAGAAGAUGAUGAGUCACGGUGGUGCUUGAGAGAUUGAGAUUUCGCCGGAGUAGCAAAUUAAUUUGAUUUCUAGGUUUUGUAAUUAGGAUUUGAUGAUGAUCUUCUCUAUGGGGUUAGUGACGACGGCGAUUAGAAUGUGUAAACCCUAGAAAUUAAAAAAAAGGCAAAUCCUCUAAAUGAUUCAGAAGUUUCCUUUUGUUUCAUUCCUUGGUUUGUUUGUUGUGGUGAUUGAUAAUGAAGUAAUGAUCAUUGAUUACUCUC